AUGAAGGUCAGUCACUUAGUUUUGAUUUUAGUUAGUAUAUUCUCUAUGGCACAGGCAUCUUCUUUAUCAUCAUACAUCGUAACCUUCCCCAAGACAGAUAAUAUUGCUACGGACCAGAACAGCAUUAUUGAAGAUGUCAAAAAGUAUGUGGUGGGCAUAGGCGGUAAGAUCACGCAUGAGUACAGCUUGAUAAAGGGAUUUACUGUGGACCUACCUGAUAGCGACCAAGUUUUGGACAGCCUGAAGGAACGUUUGAGCUACAUUGAGAGCAAGUUCGGUACUAAAUGCAAUUUGGAAAAGGAUUCAGAAGUUCAUGCUUUGAACCGCGACCAUUUAGUUGCUUAG